AUGGGUACCUCAUUUUCCAAGCCGGAGCCGGUCACAGAGAAGGCACCUUUGUCCAUGGAGACCACUAGAACUAGUCAGAGCACAGAAGAGUACACCGAAUAUCCUCCUCAAUCAUAUCCUGUUCGAGAUAGAAUCAAGACUCUUGCACUCUCUCAUCUGAAGGAUUGGAACGAGAGUCUUUUGAGCGAUGCCAAGAACCGCCUGGCUAUUUCCAGUUUCGCAAACCAGCCUUAUGGCCAGAUUCUUACUGAUCAGCGAGCCCUCAAGUCUGACCUGCAAAUCUUCAACUUGACCGUACCCGUGGAAGGUGCGCCUAUCACAAACCAACGCUCGUCCGGCCGCUGUUGGCUUUUUGCCUCGACCAAUGUCUUCCGCGUACCCCUAAUGAAAGCCUAUCAGCUUAAUCAAUUUGAGCUGAGCCAAGCUUACCUCUACUACUGGGACAAGAUCGAAAAGGCGAACUGGUUCUUCGAACAAAUUAUCGCUACGGCAGAUGAAGAUCUCUCCAGUCGCUUAGUCCAAAAGCUCUACGAGGACCCUGUCACUGACGGUGGCCAGUGGGAUAUGGUCGCCAAUUUGGUGCAGAAGUAUGGACUCGUCCCGCAGGCUCUCUACCCUGAUGCCUACCAUGCGAAGAACAGUUCCAAGCUUAACUGGCUCCUCACUGCCAAGCUGCGCGAGCAGGCAUUGGCCCUCCGCAAAUUGGCCGCUAAGAAGAAUGAUCCCCAGGCCGCGUAUCUGCUUUCUGUGAGCAAGGACAAAUUCCUGCAGGAGAUUCACUCUCUCGUCACUCUUCUACUGGGCCCUGCGCCGAGCCCGGAUAAGCCCUUCGUCUGGCAAUACUAUGACGCUAGUGGCACUGCCCGCGAGGUGCGAAAGACCCCGGUCGAGUUUGGUCAAGAGGCCCUCCGGUCUCAGACACGAGCCCAGUCGCGAAGCAGUGGGCCUACCAUCUCCCCGGGGCGUUUCUUCAGUCUAGUCAAUGAUCCGCGCAAUGAGUACAACCGGCUAUUGACAGUCGACAGACUGGGUAACGUGGUCGAAGGGCAGCCCCUCACAUAUGUCAAUGUAGAGAUGCCGAUCCUCAAGAAAGCAGUCAUUGCGAUAUUGAAAGCUGGACAUCCCGUCUUCUUCGGAUGCGAUGUGGGCAAGUUCUCCGAUAGUACUCUUGGUAUCAUGGAUACCGAACUCACCGACCUAACGCUCGGAUUUAACAUCUCGCUUGGCAUGAACAAAGCUGAGCGACUCGCUAGUGGGGAAUCCUCCAUGACCCAUGCCAUGGUCAUCACGGGGGUGCAUAUCGAGAAUGACAAGCCGGUUCGCUGGCGCGUGGAGAACUCGUGGGGUGAGACAUCUGGAGAGAAGGGUUGGUUUAUGAUGACCGAUCGAUGGAUGGAUGAGUACACUUUCCAGGCUGUUGUUGACGCGAACUUUGUUUCGUCUGAGGUUCGAGCUAUUUUGGGGCAGACUGCGAAGGUCUUGCCUCGAUGGGAUCCUAUGGGGGUGCUCGCUUAG